GAUGCCGUUGAAAACUCUGUUUGACCGAGAGUUUUAUUUCUGUUCACUCUUAACUGACGCGGACUUUUAAUCAACGGGCAUUAAAAGAAAAUCAGAAAGAGACUUCAUACCUCGGUGCGUUUUCAAAACUGAAUCCAGCUGCCGGAAUUUCGAGGACAUUUGCCAGAGCCAUCGUGGAUGUUUGUGCGUCUCUGCGCGUCUCUGCGCCUGAGGUCGCUGUUUGGAGCGUCACGUCUGUUUCCCUUCUUUCGAUUUUGGAGAGAAAAUGGAGAAACACUACACAGACUCUCAAGUCAAAGGAGUCAGCACAGGGACCACCAUCCUGGCUGCUAUUUUUGAUGGAGGGGUUGUGAUUGGAUCAGAUUCAAGAGCUUCAAUUGGAGGGGAAUAUGUAUCUUCUAAAACCAUCAACAAGGUGAUCCAGGUCCAUGACCGGAUCUUCUGCUGCAUCGCUGGUUCACUUGCAGACGCUCAGGCCGUCACCAAGGCUGCAAAGUUUCACCUGUCCUUCCACAGUGUCCAGAUGGAGAAUCCUCCGCUGGUAAUCGCAGCAGCGACGGUCCUGAAGGAACUGUGUUACAAAAACAAAGAGGAGCUGCAGGCCGGCUUCAUCACUGCAGGCUGGGACAAGAAGAAGGGACCACAGGUCUACGUGGUAUCUCUGGGUGGGAUGUUAAUCAGUCAACCUGUUACUAUCGGUGGCUCCGGCAGCACUUACAUCUACGGCUACGUUGAUGCUAAAUAUAAACCAAAUAUGACCAGAGAGGAAUGCAUGCAGUUCGCCACAAACGCUCUGGCUCUGGCAAUGGGCAGGGACAACGUCAGCGGGGGCGUGGCUCACCUGGUGGUGAUCACGGAAGCAGGCGUGGAGCAUGUGGUCGUACCCGGCAACAAGCUGCCCAGGUUCCAUGAUGAGUGACAGGCCGUCACCUCUUGGCUUCAAGCUUAUGGGGAAAUGACAGAAUCAUUUUUCAGAAUUAAUAAACACACUUUUUAACAUUUUUGUUGGUAACUUGGUUUAAAUCAAACUGUUGCAACUGUCCAUAAAGUUUUUCUCAGCCAAAAGUCCUUAAAAAUCACCCUCUCUCAUUUGUGUGUCUAAACAAAAGUUGUUUUCUUUUUCUUUACUUUUUUUUAAGCAUGAGAAAUUACAAUAAAUAACUUUAAUUUUUCAAAAA